AGAUCUCCCCUUCUCUCUCUCCUCUUCCCAUCAUCACUUCCCCUUUGCAAAAGGCAUAUUAGGCCAAGCCCUCUUAGCACACCAAAGCCCAGCAGUAAAAGCGUUUCUGUCCAUUGUCCAUCCAGCGUCUACCUGAGAUACCCCCUUGUCCUCCUCCUCCCCCCCAAUUGAACGCCCAUCAUGUCCAACCUCCCGUCGGAGCCCGAGUUCGAGCAGGCCUACAAAGAGCUUGUGAGCGCACUCGAGAACAGCUCGCUUUUCCAUAAGCACCCAGAGUACAAGACCGCCCUCAAGGUCGUGUCCGUCCCAGAGCGUGUCAUCCAGUUCCGGGUGGUCUGGGAGAACGACAAGGGCGAGAUCCAGAUCAACCGAGGCUACCGGGUGCAGUUCAACUCGGCACUUGGCCCCUACAAGGGCGGCCUGAGACUGCAUCCCACAGUCAACCUUUCUAUUCUUAAAUUCCUCGGAUUCGAGCAGAUCUUCAAAAAUGCGCUCACAGGCCAGAAUAUGGGCGGUGGCAAGGGUGGGGCCGACUUUGACCCUAAGGGCAAGAGUGACGCUGAGAUCCGGCGGUUCUGCGUGGCGUUCAUGCGGGAACUGAGCAGAUACAUUGGGGCGAACACCGAUGUGCCCGCAGGAGACAUUGGCGUCUCGACCCGCGAGAUUGGCUACAUGUUCGGCACCUACCGCAAGGAGCGGAACCUGUUCGAGGGCGUCUUGACUGGCAAGGGCCUCAGCUGGGGCGGGAGUCUUAUCAGGCCCGAGGCCACUGGCUACGGACUUGUCUACUAUGUCGGCCACAUGCUCGACUACGCCGGUGCUGGCGGCUGGUCCGGCAAGCGCGUGGCUAUUUCCGGCUCGGGCAACGUCGCACAGUACGCCGCGCUGAAGUGCAUUGAGCUCGGCGCCACCGUCGUGUCACUGUCGGAUUCCCAGGGCUCUCUCGUCGCCGAGGGCGACAAUGUCAUCUCCCCCGAGGAUAUCGAGGCCAUCGCCGAACUCAAGGUCAAGCGCCGGCCGCUCAGCGAGUUCGACACCAAGUCCAAAUACAAGUACGUCCAGGGCGCCCGGCCGUGGCUCCAUGUCGGCAAGGUCGACGUCGCCCUCCCGUCUGCAACCCAGAACGAGGUCAGCAAGGAGGAGGCCGAGGCACUCGUCGCCGCCGGCGCCAGGUUCAUUGCCGAGGGCUCCAACAUGGGCUGCACCCAGGAGGCCAUCGACAUCUUCGAGGCCAACCGGAAGGAGAAGAAGAGGGAUGCCAUCUGGUACGCUCCUGGUAAGUACAACUACUCGACACGCACCUCUACCACCCAAACAAAGGCCGAUAUGCUGACCCCAUCCCCUUAUAGGCAAGGCUGCGAACUGCGGUGGUGUCGCCGUCUCCGGCCUCGAGAUGGCUCAGAACAGCCAGCGCCUCACCUGGACCGCCGAGGAGGUCGACGAGAAGCUCAAGGGCGUCAUGAAGAACGCCUUCCUCAACGGCCUCAAGACCGCCAUGGCGUACGUCGACACGGCCGAGGAGGAGUUCCCCAGCCUGAUGGCCGGCAGCAACAUUGCCGGCUUCAUCAAGGUCGUCGAGGCCAUGCGCGACCAGGGAGACUGGUGGGCCAACUAAGCAAACCCUAUCCCACUACGCCUGGUGGGGAUAGAUGCCGGAGAUGCCGAGCCGUGGGUCUACGGGGGGCCACGGUUUCCUGAGUGAGAGAAGUGAGAGAGAGAGAGAGCGGGAGAAGAUGCAGAGCCACGCCUCGAGGAUGGGUGGUGUCUAGGCUGGGCAUUCGGAGCGUCGAUUGGGUCUACCAGUCCUCUACACCUCUAUCUACCCUGACAGAAUGAGCGGUUCUCUCGGUCGCCGAUUGGCGACAGACCCGACCGUAAGCAGGCCAUGAGGAGGGGACUGGAAGGGGGUGGCGGGAUUUGGUUAUGUGUGCCGACGAGUGAAGGCCACCAACUGGCCAGGCACCUGAGAAGAAGGAGACCAAUGCUGUAUCGUCCCUCGGUCUCUUACCGAGUCAAUUCAGGAUACUUAGUUAGUUUAGGAGGAUCUCGAUAUAGAUGAUGAUGAUGAUGAUGAUAACACUUCACUUUCCCCACCAGCGAACCUAAUUGAGUCCUCCGGAACACCGUCUUUGCCCCUUUUUAGGUUUUUGGUAUUGUUAC